AUGGUCUUCCUUGCCGACGAAAGUUCACGACGCGGUGAUCUCCGCACUCCCCGGUCGUUACACCUUCGUGUUGCCCGUUGCGGAAGGAAGUGGGCUGAAGCACGUCUGUGGUCCCGGACCGUCGCUCGGGGUUCGCGUGAUCGACGCGCCCGAAAUGCAAGAGACCUUGGGCUUUAUGCGGCGACCCCUUUUGACUACCAGUCUGAACUUGACGAAGGAGCCGGCCGCGACGACACUGGAAGAAGCGCAGCGCGUCUGUGCCAAGAUGGGCAUCCCGUGUGUCGAUCCGGACCUCGUCGAGGAUAG